ACGGGCGCAACAGGCUACCUCACCGGCACAGCACUCGAACUCCUAACAACCACCCAUGCAGAGUACGAGAUCACAGUCCUAGCCCGCGACUAAGAAAAGGCCGCAGCGGUCGCCAAAAAGCACCCACACUUCUGCACCCUCAUCGGCGAUCUCGACGGCACCGCGCUCAAGGAAUCCGCCCGCGCAACCCCGGACAUCGUCAAACGCUUUUCAAAUGCCCACCUCCCGGCCGUAGAGGCUAUAACCAGUCUUCCGGGGCCCCCGCGGGAACCGCAUACGUCAUCCACAUUUCCGGCACCGGGAUACCCUUAGACUUCGCUUACCCUUCAACGCUGGGAAAACUGCAGGGGAGGCAGGAGGGCGUACGAUGCCAUUGGAGAUGUGACGGAGAUCACGAGCUUCCCGGGCGAGGGCACAUACACCGCGACGUGGACAGGGUCGUGGUCAAGGGGAAUGGGGAGAAUGUAAAGAUGGCGACUGCGUGUCCGCCGGUGAUUUAUGGGCAUGGGGGGAGGGGGGCGGAGCGGGGAACACUGGGAGGAUUCAGGUACUGUCUUUGGUGAACGAGACACUGGGGGGGAAGUCCUAGAGGGGGGCGAACGCUCGGUGGUGCGCGCACGUUGAUAAUCUUACGAGAUUGUACCUAGUGCCUGUGGAGGCCGUAUGGUGUGGCGGUGGGAGGGUGGUUUGUGGUGUUGAAGGAUAUUAUUUUGUCGAGAGCGGCGAAAUGUUUAACUUGGGGGGGUUUUUUUUUCCCUCCCCCAAUUCCCUGCGCCAUUAAGCCUCCCUUCUUUCACUCCUGCCUUCCCUCUUCCCCGAAAAUUCACUCUGAGGAAGGAGAAAAAAAAGACUCAGGAGACCAACGUGAUCAACAAACCCCACUCGAUCCGGGGCGAACUCUCCAAAUCCCUCGCGGCGGGGGCCAAGAUCAAAGUCCUCCUCGAAACAGAAAGCGUAGUAUCGAUCCCAACCGCGGACCCCGCGUCCGUAUGCCCAUACGGACCGCUCCUCCGGGGCCCAAGCUGCGCAGCAAAGCACCCAGAGCGAGAGAGCGCCCCGGGUGGGAGGCCGUUAAGAGCUCCGUGGAGGAGAGCCCGGAUGCGGAUAUCAAGCGAGAGGCAGAAGCCUUGGGGCUC